UGCAUCGGGCCCGGGUCGGUCCGGGCGUUGCGGGGUUGGGGCCUGAGAUCUCUCGGCCCGGGGCUGCUGAGGAGCCCGUGACUGGACGGAGCGGCACCAUCCCGGCCCUGGGGCUUGCUGACUGGCAGGGUCUGCGCGCCCCUCGGAGGUCGGCGGCAACCAGCAGCGACCGCGGAGCGACGGCGGGCGGCCCCGGGCAUGUACGCCCCCGGAGGCGCAGGGCUGCCCGGAGGGCGCCGGCGGAGGAGCCCGGGAGGCAGCGCUCUGCCCAAGCAGCCGGAGCGUAGUCUGGCCUCGGCCCUGCCGGGCGCCCUGUCCAUCACGGCGCUUUGCACUGCGCUGGCAGAGCCUGCCUGGCUGCACAUCCACGGUGGCACCUGUUCCCGCCAGGAGCUGGGGGUCUCCGACGUGCUAGGCUACGUGCACCCGGACCUGCUGAAAGAUUUCUGCAUGAAUCCCCAGACAGUGCUGCUCCUGCGGGUCAUUGCUGCCUUCUGCUUCCUGGGCAUCCUGUGUAGUCUCUCUGCAUUCCUUCUGGAUGUCUUUGGGCCCAAGCACCCAGCCCUGAAGAUCACCCGUCGCUAUGCCUUUGCCCACAUCCUCACAGUCCUGCAGUGUGCCACUGUUAUCGGCUUUUCUUACUGGGCCUCCGAACUCAUCCUGGCCCAGCAGCAGCAACAUAAGAAGUACCAUGGUUCCCAGGUUUAUGUCACCUUUGCUGUUAGCUUCUACCUGGUGGCAGGAGCUGGUGGAGCCUCAAUCCUGGCCACAGCAGCCAACCUCCUGCGCCACUACCCCACGGAGGAAGAGGAGCAAGCACUGGAGCUGCUCUCUGAGAUGGAGGAGAACGAGCCCUACCCAGCAGAAUAUGAGGUCAUCAACCAAUUCCAGCCACCUCCAGCCUACACACCCUAAUGCCACCUCAGGCUUUCUUCCUCAGCAAUCCCUCCCCACUCUGCAGCUCCUCUCACACCCAGAGGCGCUCCCUUCCCCAGCAGGCUGCACGGGUAGGAUCCUGACCAUCUUCACCAAACCUUCCCUGGGAGAGACUCUGCCUUUAGGGUUGUUAGUGUAUCCCUGCUCUCAAAACCUGGGGUUCACCAAUUUUAUAUAAUGCACUGGUUCCCCUCCUGUCACUUCUUCAUGGUCACUAGUCAUUACCAACCAGGGAGGGUCAUACAAGUGUUCUCUUUCACGGGCCAUAUCUUUGAGACCGGGACUUUCCUCGGGGAGCUGCUGACAGUGGACAGUCCCAGACAGGAGAAGUGUCAGCAGGGUCCAAGGGAAAGAGGACUGUGCCCUGCAGACUAGCCCCAUGAGGGUCAACGUUUGUUCCACAGCUGUAGCUCUGGGCUGACACACACCCCCAACAUGUACCCUCCCCACCCCCAUUCCUUCUUGGAGUAGUUACUCCUUUGAAUUCUCUGCACUUUAGUCUGAGCGUCCCAUCAGGUGCGCUCUGGUUUUAUGGGGAGAAGGAAUUGCUAUUGGAAAGCACAGCAGUUGCUCUCCCCGCCCUGCCCUUGCUUGAGUGGCUGGAGCCCCGGCAAGGAGAGCACCACCUGAGGCCUGGGGCCUCCCAGUACCCACAGAGGGUGAGUGAAGGGAACUGUAUCUCCCCAGCCCCUUCACCUUUUAAAAUGUGGGUGGUUUUAAAAGAAGAAACAACCAAGACACAGAAACAAAUUCUCUUUUUAAACUAGGGACAAGACUUGUUUUUUUUUUUCUUCAGAUAUUUAUCCACUUCCUCUUGGCUAUGUGUUGUUUUAAGCCAUAGCUCCUUCCAGCCCGUGGUCAUUCCUUCCUGAAUCUCCCCUAGCAGAAUGCAGCCCUCUUUCCUUGCUCUCUUCUCAGUGACCCCAGCUCCCUGGGGCCUUCCUGUGGAACCUGGAACCCCAUCCCCAGAGGGGCUGAGGACUGUGGCCUGGCUGGCUGGCCAGCGUGGUGCUCCUCAGGACUGUGGCACUGAGAUGUAACCUGGCCUCCUUGCAGGAACAGGGGCCACAGCAGGGCGGGAAGCCCACCACUCUCCACAUAGGAACCACAACCAGUGGGGUCCCAUCACGUGAGGUGUCAAACUAACGGAUCUGGUUGUGUCCUUCAGAUUCAGUGCAUCCUCUAGACUGUGACUUGGGGCAACAGCUUGCUGCAUGCCUCUCUCCCCUUCCUGAAUGUACUCUGGCCUUGCAGUGUGCUACUGGCUCUUUCUUGCCUAACUAUCACUCCACACAUAGCUCUGGUUGGGGCUGAAUUUUCUGCCCCUGAGAUCUGGGGCACAAAGUGGGAGAAACUUAGGGGCCUUCAGUGUGGAUCCAGUUGGCCAAGCUUCUUUGGAGUCAGGGUCCAGUGCCGAACUGAAAAACAGAUGAAUUCCCCCACCUCCUCCCACAGGCAAUAGAGCAAGACUAGAGAAUGGACACCACUGUUGAGUUGUGGCUAGAAAGGGACUGUCAUGUCCCUCAUCCUUCUUCCGCCAGACUGCCUGGGGAUGUCUGGACAGAUGCAGUGUAAGUGGUGAGGGCCAUGUCCACACAUGAAGGAGUACUGCCUGGAGUUCACUGUGAUGCCAAAGUGUGACCCAUGAUGACUCACACUCUUCCAGACUCUUCUCUAAGGCAAGAAAGACUGCCUUGUGAUACCUGAGCACAAAGCCAAGGAGCUGAUUAAAUCGAGUCUUGUCUUUCUGUGAAGUUCAAGUUUACCUUCGGCAGAUUUCUAGAGUGUGACCAACUCUGACUGUGGGUGGAUGUCUGAGUGGGCAGACCAAGAGACCGGAUACUGAACACGCAUGCCAAAGUGUCCGGUCAUCUCAUGAGGACCUGGACAUGACCCUGUGGGCAGUUCCAUGCAAUUCGGAAUCCACUUUUUAUUAGCUUCUUAUGUCUCUGGCCUUUCUUUCUCUUUUCCCCUGCCAUCCUGUCACUAAUAGUUCAUCAUAUCAAUUCCCCUGGUUGUGUUUUUUUUUUUCUAGAAAAAAAAAUUAAAAAGCAAAACAGCAAAAAAUCAGAAACCACAAUAAGAAUGUAAAUACCAAAGGCUCCCUGUCAUUUUUUAGUCAGUUUCCCUGAUUUUCACUUAUUCCCUUUCUCUUAGAGAAACAAGAGCAAUCAAAGUAAUUUAAAAAAAUUAGAAGGGAUGUGCAUGUGGCUACUCUGCAAGAUAUUUUCACCUACAUGACCCUCCCCUGGCCCUGACAACUUCCACACCAGCCCAGGGUCAGGAGCACUAGAUGCCCCCUGCCCCAGUUCUCGGCUUCAGAUCCUGAGCUCUUCUCUUGCACAACUUGGUUAGCUGCAGAUGAGAGGGCUGCUUCUGAACUCUAACAAUUGUGUGGGGGGAACUAGUCUUCUCAGGACCUGGCAGAAGAAAUUAUCUUUUGAAACCAUAGGCUUAAGGGACAAGGUAUGUGAGUGGGAACAGUUCUGGGAGUUUAACUUGCAGAACUCUUCAGGGCCAAUGCCAGGCCUCGAAUGGAUACCUACAUUCUAUUCAUUCAUUUAUUUAUUCAUACAGUCAGCCAAUACAGCCCACAUCGCUAUCAUGGUAAAAGCUUAGGCUCCCUCUGUAGAGCAACCUUCCUAGUUCUUCUUUUAUUCUGAGGAAAAAUACAAGUCUUUCUCUGGAACUAGGAAUGUGUCUCAUUUAGACACUUAUGAAAGGCCCUGUGUUGCGUACACCUGAGAGAAGGGACCACCAGGGGGCUUGUCUCCCAGGGAUUUUAUAUGCUUAGUUUAAGGUAGACUUGUGCAUGAAAAGGCAGCAUGGAGUGAGUUGUCUGAUGGGCCGCUGGGGAAAGUGCUGUGCUCUCGGGAGAAGGGAGACCUGUUCUGACCAGCGGAGGCAGCUUGAGCCAGGCUUUUUGGGAAAGUAUUUGGAGAUGGGGUGGGGAGCAUUCCCACUGAGGAUGAUGAACACAAGCACAACUUGUGGCCAGGAUGUGAUACACAUUUAGGUUUUUCUGCUUUUUGGCUAUUUUUUUAAAGAUUUAUUUAUGCAUACAAGGUCUGGGGUGUAGGCCAGAGGUACGAGGGAUAGGAGGACUCACCAGAGACAAAGUGGGGGACAGAACAGGCGGGUUUACUGAAAUACACUGCUGAGGGGAGCAGCAGGCGAGACAGGAGAGGUCUGCUGUGCUAUGUGGGUCACCUCCCUGGUCGGGGUUCAAACUCAUGCUGCAGUAGCUGCAGAUUGCUUCAUAAUGCUGAUGCUUAACCCCUUGACCACCAGGGAGACCCCUGCUUUUUGGCUAUUAUGAACACUUGUACACAAGUUUUGUGUUAAUACAUGUUCUCAAUUUUUUUUGGUAUAUACCUAGAAGUGGAAUUGCUGCAUCAUGAUGACUAUUUAAUAGUUUGAGGAACUGCCACUAAUUUUGAGUAGCUGCAACAUUUUACAUUCCCGCCAGCAACACGAGUAUUCCAAUUUCUCAACAAUCUCACCGAAAGGACAUUAUCCUUUUUAUAUAUACCUUCUUUGGAGAAACACCAACAUCUAUGGAAAUUCUUUGCCCAUUUUCAGAUUGGGUUAUUUACAUUUUUAUUGUUUAGCUGUAAGAGUUUUUUAUAUAUCCUGGAUACUAUAUCAAGGUAACAUAGACUGUGGCAAGGGCCUACAGUCACAGGUAAAUUUAUGCCCAGUAGAAAGACAUUUAAACAUUUUGCAGAAAUGGAAAAGUAUGAAUUAUCUUUCCAUUGCAACAGGAUUUGUUUAAACAAAUAGAACUUUAGAUACCCUCAUGAAGCCUCAUGACUAAGAAAACAGAUGCUGAAACCUUUUCUGAUCUUACCUAAGGGUGUAUUAACCUGUAUACUUUUAGUUACAAAACAACUAAAAUUGGUAAUGCAAGAAAGAACUUUCUUGGCUUAGUACCAGUAAAGUCAAACAAUGCAAUGAAUUCAGGUGCUCCAAGGGUGCUAUCUAAAUGCCCACUUUGGGUGCUGGCUCCACUUCCUAGCCAUGCCUUUCCCUAGUAGUGGUAAGGGGACUGCUCAGCUUCAUACUUUCUUCAGAGCACUAAGUCCAACAGAAAACAAGGUAAGCCUGUUCCUUGAAGUUUACAAAUGUCCCAGUAUUCAAUCUGAUUUGACCAACUUGGGAUAGAUCUCAUUGCUGAAUGAGUCCCUGUGGCCAGGAAGAUUCAAUGCCCUGAUUGGCCAGGCCUAGUGUCUCUUGUUUACCCUAAUGUUGGGAAUAGAAUCAGGCUAGGAAAGCCUGAAGCUUAGCAGGAAGAGUGGUUCCAUUAAAUGGAAAUCAAAGUACUUUUUCGCAAAAGAAGGGCAAUGGAUGCUUAGCAGCUGAAACAAAUAUUUCUCAGAAAUGGAAGGAUGUGACACUGGGUUGGUGGAGCUGCACACAUCCUAAGCUCUCUCUUGCUUUGUUCAUUGGUGCUCUGGACAGAACCUUGUCUGCAACCCCGGUUAACACACUCAUCACAUGGUGUUAUCAUUGUUUCCAUGUCUGUCUCUUCAAGUUAGUCCCUUCAUCUUUGUCUACUGGCUGACCACUGGAGCAUUUUCUUGUGAUUUUCUCAACUAGCAAGGGAAGGAAAUAAGGUAGUUACCCGAAUAAUCAAAAGUCAUACUAGAGAUAUCCCCAAAAUGCCAUGGGAAUUCAAACAUCAGCAAGAUUGAGGGGUCAGGAAAGCUUUUCUAGAGUCUCUUUGAGGGCCCUGAGAAUACAGAAGUGAUAGAUAAAGGCCAAGAUAUCCCCCUUU